UACGUACUACCAGCGUAGAACUGGUUAAUUUUGUUUCCCGGUUCGCUUCGGUUUUGAUCAAUUUUUAGGUUACUACUUGCUAGGACGUUUUUGAGACAGAAGUCACAGAACAUAUUUCGUUGUCGGUUUGGUUAGAAAUUUCUGGUCUAGUUUAAUUAGGUACAAUUAAGGAUUUAUUGCUUGUUUUUGGUUUCCUUCGGUUUGAAUAGUAAAAUCAUGUUUUCAGGUCAGUUUUUUUCAUGCAGAAAAUGGACAAAUUUUUAUUUAGUAUAAAAAAAUAAAUCUAUUAUAUUAAAAGAGAAGUCAUGACUUCAUUCAUGUGUGAUAUUUUAAAAUAGAUUGUCUACUAGAAAAUUAGCUAAAUAAUUGUAUAACAGUUUUACUUUAGAAAAUUGAGCCUUUAAUUGUAUGUAUACAUCACGUGGCUCAUUAUAUGUAAACAAUUGCAUAACAAUUGUUUUGCAAGGUGGUUAUACUUACCGUAUUUCAUACAAACAGUUAGGACCAAUUUUCAUAUCUAUACUAUUAAAGCAGAAUCCCUCCUAGGACUCUGCCCCUGCUUUUUCAGUAUAUUUACAACUAAAUGCCACUGCCUUUUUUUUUCUUUUUUUUUUAACGAAAAUCGUCCAUAUUUAUUGACCAAUCAGAAGCAACUAUUUUAAAAUCCAAUUACAGCAACAUUAAAACCAAAACAGACUCGACCGAAUCACAACAACUUUAAGCCCAAUCUAAUAAAGCCCAUUUCGGAUGUAACAUAAACCAAUCUAAUAAAACUCAGAACAAACCCUAUAUCCAAAUACCAUAAAAUUUGAAUUUUUUUUCAUGAAUUUUAAAAAUAUAGUAUUUACAUUGUACUACCACCAUAAUGAAACCAUCAAUUUAAAUAUCAAUUUUGAACAAUAGUUAAUACAGUAUAUAUACAAUUUAUCAAUUAGUGGAUCUAUAAAGAAUAAAAAAUGUAUUUUUAGUUGAAUUAAACUUUUAAACAGCGACUAAUUCCAAUAUCCCUUGCAAACCAAAUCUUUCCCCCGAUUAUAUAGCUUAACUCAUUUAAUUAUUGAAAUCGAUUCAAUAGAUUAGAAAGAAUAUUCUGAUUUUUAACUACUUGGUCAUUAAUCGAUACAAUUUAUUUCUACUAAAGAAAAUAUUUGCUAGAAGAUUAUGCAAGUUAUACCUGAUAUCACGGUGCAAAGGAUUCAAUUAAUAAACUUAACGUGAGCACACCCACCGAAUAUUAUGAAGCUUUCAAAAUGGUAACAAUAUCAACAAUAAAUUAUAUCAAUUUAUAGUUAGCAAAUCUGGUGGGAUACGAUUUGGAGUUGGCCCUAAGGUUUCGUAAUAACCUAAGCAUCUCUCCCUUUAACCUCUACAUAUUAUAAAUAUCCAAGACUAUCUUCCUAUUGAAUCCACUAUCGUCAAAAAGUCUACUGUCAAAGACACCUAUGGCUUCUAACAUGCAAAUCCAAAAGCGAAAGCUUCUAAGGAGAACGUGACAUGCAUUAACGAUUUGAAGCCCUGGAAGAAUAUUUGGUCAUGGACGAGCUCAGUUACGACCGGCAGGAAUUAGAAGCUGAUCUUCAGCGUGACACUCCAAAACUUACGGAUGAGCAAAAGAAGAUUUUUGAUGAAAUUACUGAUGCUGUUAUUACGAAAAAAGGAGGCGUCUUUUUUGUCUAUGGAUUUGGUGGUACAGGCAAAACUUUCUUAUGGAGAUUGCUUUCUGCAGCAGUACGUGUCAGGGGCGAAGUAUGUCUGAAUGUUGCCUCAAGUGGUAUAGCUUCCCUAUUGCUACAGGGAGGAAGGACUGCACAUUCUCGAUUUGGAAUUCCUAUAAAUCCAGAUGAAUUCUCCACUUGCUCACUUACAAAAGGAACUGAUAAAGCAGAGCUGGUAAAAGCAGCGUCCCUUAUAAUUUGGGAUGAAGCUCCAAUGAUGAGUAAACACUGUUUUGAAUCAUUGGAUAGGAGUAUGUUAGACAUUGUUGGAGACAAUGAUAAGAGACCUUUUGGUGGCAAAGUUGUCGUAUUUGGUGGAGACUUUAGACAAGUAUUGCCUGUCAUUCAUGGAGCUGGAAGGGCUGAGAUCGUUAUGGCUGCUCUUAAUUCAUCUUAUCUUUGGAAGCAUGUAAAAGUUUUGCAAUUAACCAAGAAUAUGCGGCUACUGUCAAAUAAUCUAUCUACUGAAGAGGCAAAAGAAUUGCAAGAGUUUUCACAAUGGAUAUUAGACAUUGGAGAUGGAAAGAUUGGUGAUGGAAAUGAUGGGGAAGCUCUUAUCGACAUUCCAGAAGAGUUCUUAAUUCUUGAUGCUGAUGAUCCAGUGGAAGCUAUAAGCGCAGCAGUAUAUGGAGAUGCUACUUCUUUACACCAGAAGGACCCAAAGUUUUUUCAAGAGAGAGCUAUACUGUGUCCUACUAACGAGGAUGUGAACAUUAUUAAUCAACAUAUGCUGGAUAAGCUUGAUGGAGAGGAAAGAAUAUACUUAAGCUCUGAUUCUAUCGACGCUUCUGAUAAGUUUUCUGUUAAUGACCAAGCUCUCACUCCAGAUUUCUUAAACAGAAUUAAAGCAUCAGGAUUGCCAAAUCAUAUUCUGCGACUGAAAGUUGGUUGUCCAGUGAUGUUGCUAAGAAACAUAGAUCCUACUGGGGGAUUGAUGAAUGGAACGCGUCUUCAGAUUACAGAAAUGUAUGACUUCAUGAUAAAGGCCAAAGUUAUUACAGGGGAAAAGGUUGGCCGAACUGUGUUAAUUCCUAGGCUUUCAAUAACUCCUUCAGAUAAAAAGAUGCCAUUCAAGAUGAGGAGGAGACAACUGCCUAUUGGUGUGGCAUUUGCUAUUACCAUCAACAAAAGUCAAGGCCAAACUUUGUCUGAAGUUGGUAUUUAUCUACCAAGGCCUGUUUUCUCUCAUGGACAACUAUAUGUGGCUGUUUCCAGAGUCACUUCUAAGAAAGGCUUGAAGAUAUUGAUUGUUGACAGCGAAGGCAAACCUCAACGUCAAACAAAAAAUGUGGUCUUUAGAGAGAUUUUUGACAAUCUAUGAUUUCAGACUAUUUGUUUUGUCUUUUAUAACUUUGUUGGAACGUGGAUUUAUAUACAGUUUAUGGUUCUAUGUUUA